GCAGAAGGCGUCAGGGCGCAGAGACCCUCAACAGCUUGUUCGCUCACUAAUCUCUUCUCUGACGACAGCGCAUUACCCAGGGCACGUAAAACUAGGAGUACUGCAGGUUUGGGUUGGGAAACCUCAUCACUCAUCAGGAUUUUACUCCUUGGAGUGGAUUCAGUCACGAAGACAGAUCUGUGAACCCUCUGCCUUUUUGUUUUACUGCUGGGAUGUUGGAUAUAAUGACUCUCUGCUGGAUUUUAUAAUUUCUCCAGAGUGUGUUUGAAGCGCUAAAACUAAAACUGAGAGCAUGUUGCCAGAAAUAAAUAACAAGGCAACACGGCCAGAGGCCUUCCCUCACCCUCACAGACUCCCAGCAGAAGGCAGCCGUAUUGGAACAAAUCGGCCCUGUUCUCAGAAGUUUGUCUCUGGUGUGGGGACCCUGCCUCAGCUCGAGCCACCGGUGGUCCAAGUGGUGGUCAGCAACGCCAAAAACCAGCACCAGCAGUCAGACAACAUCCUGCCCCAAAUUGCCAACAAGGGGGGUCAACACAGCUAUCAGACAAACACGGUUGAGAGGUCAAAGCAAACACAUCAGUUCAACAUGAGGUUUGGCACAGCGAUGGAUAAAGUGCCGGUUUCUCGUAACAGCAAUAAUUUCAGCAACAAGCAGGAGAAGGAGAAGGCAUAUGAAGGUCAAAGGUUACCCAUGUCACCUACAGAGGCAUUAAACAACUUUAAAGAGCGCAUGACUGAGUUUGAGCAAGAAGAAAUCAACGACUACGCACAGGUCUGGUUCUUGGGUCUGAGCUCCCAGAAAAUCGAGGGUUCUCAAGGAUCAGCACAGAACAACGGAUAUGAUGACGAGCACGGCAGCUAUGUCAGGGUGUUGCAUGACCACAUUGCAUACAGGUUUGAAGUUCUUGAAGUGAUUGGGAAAGGCUCCUUUGGGCAGGUCCUAAAAUGCCUGGACCACAAGAGCAAUGAACUUGUGGCCAUUAAGAUGAUACGCAAUAAGAAAAGGUUUCAUCACCAGGCUUUAGUUGAGCUGAAGAUCCUGGAAGUGAUCAAGAAGAAAGACAAAGACAAUCUGCACAACGUCAUUCACAUGAAGGAGUACUUUUACUUCCGAAACCACCUUUGCAUCUCCUUUGAGCUCUUGGGGGUUAACUUGUACGAGCUCAUCAAAAAGAACAACUUUCAGGGCUUCAGUCUCGCUCUGAUUCGCCGGUUUGCCCACGCACUUCUCAGGUGCCUACAGAUGCUGCACGGGGAGAAGAUCAUCCACUGUGACCUGAAGCCGGAGAACAUUCUUCUCUCUCAACGAGGGCCAGGAAACAUCAAGGUGGUUGAUUUUGGAUCAAGUUGCUAUGAACAACAAAGAGUGUACACCUACAUCCAGAGUCGUUUCUAUCGCUCUCCAGAGGUUAUACUGGGCCACCCUUACAGCAUGGCCAUUGACAUGUGGAGUCUGGGCUGCAUCCUCGCUGAGCUCUACACGGGCUAUCCUCUCUUUCCAGGAGAGAGUGAAGUGGAGCAGAUAGCUUGCAUAAUGGAGGUUCUUGGAAUGCCUCCAAAUGAUUUUGUUCAAUCAGCAUCAAGGAGGAAGUUAUUCUUCGACUCUAAAGGAAACCCAAGAAACACCACGAACAGUAAAGGGAAGAAGAGGAAACCCAACUCCAUAGAGCUGUCGACUGCACUGAAAACCAACGAUCCUUUGUUUUUAGAUUUUAUCCAACGCUGCCUUGAUUGGGAUCCAACUAAACGUAUGACACCUGAUGAGGGGUUACAGCACCAGUGGAUUCAGGAUGGAAAUUUCAACAAAGUCCGAUCCAGAACCAAGCCUACAGUCAAGAAGACCACAGACAGUUCCACCAACACAGACAAACAAGCUAACAGUAAGCCUGCAGAGAAGACCAGCUCAGAAAACAGCAGUAAAGACAAACUAAAGAGAGACGGUUCAUCAACUGGAUCAAACAUGGUUUCUGUCGAGCGUCUGCGGCCAAUUGGAGCCUCAGCAGAGGAGGAGGUGUGCGAGGGUGAAGUAAUAAAUACACAACAGCAAGAAGGCAGUGGAGAGAGGCCCAUUCACAUCAUCAUCAAACCUCAAAAGGAAAUGGGCACAGAAAGGAAAGAUAGCCAGGAGCCCCCUCAGUGGUAG